CACUUUUAAUGUUAUCGAUAAGCAGCAAGUGGUUUUGUUUUGAUGAAGUAGAUUUAAAUUUAUAAAUUUAUCCCGAUCCAUGGAACCAGUGGCCAUCCGGCCAAAGCCGCCGGGAGCUGGAAAUCGUGAAGUCCACCGGCGGGUAAUAAAGAAACCGGGAAAGAAGCGGAUUUACCACUGCGGCGUCUGUUUGACGGAAUUCUCGCGACAUUUGGCCACCAAAAAACAUGAGGCGCAGUGUGCGGCCAAAUUGAGGCGUCUUUUCGUCUGCCGCCACUGCCUGACGCUCUACGGCGAGGAGUCCCGGCUGGAGCGUCACCGGAAGCGGAAGCACGCCGACGGACAGUUCCUGUGCCUGCAGUGCGGCAAGCGGUACGCAUCCGCUACCUUUCUGUAUCGCCAUGUAGUCAGCUGGCACGGCGAGCAGUCCCUCUUCUACUGCGCCAUGUGUGCCAACAACUGCAACGAUGCCAAGUCCUUCAGUGGGAUGCGGGCGCUGCAGGAACACGCCGAGGAGGUGCACCACCUCCGCUCUCUGGAGUCCACGGCCAGCGAGACAGGCAGUCUUAUCGACGAAACCGAAGACCUGGAGAUGCUGGAGGAGAACAUCGAGGACAUCCUGCCCAGCGUUGACUGGGACGAUGAUCUCACCUUCGGCUGGCCCAUGGACCUGGAUAAAGAGUCGUGCAUGGUGGACGCCAAACCGAGCGUUUUUGUUUGUCCUUUCUGCGCCAACGGGUUCUCGGGCAGUCUGGCUUUGGUCAGGCAUUUGGAGCAGGUCCACGAGCGGAAUCCCUUGGACUGCUGCUACUGUGGAAAGAGUCAUGGCAACCGGGAAGCCCUGCGAUCUCAUCUUAAACGUGUCCACGUUCUAGUGCGUGCUCAUGUGUGCACUGUUUGCCAGGCGGACUUCGCCACCGCAGAUCACCUGAAGAAGCACAUGAAUGGUCGGCAUGCGGACCACAAACCGUAUGUGUGUCCCACCUGCGGCAAGAGCUUCGCCCAGCGGUGCCAUCUCACUCAGCACUUGGCCACUGAUCGCGGACACGGACAGGGAAAGUACGUGUGUCAGCUCUGUUUAUGGCCCUUUUUUCGAGCCAUCGACCUCGAGCGCCAUGUCAACGAGAAGCAUCCGUAGGAGAAUAGAAACGCCAGUCCUUUGUAAGGACUUUUAAGGUAUCUUCGAUUCUAUGACUGCCUCUCACCUAAGAUUAAUAUUAAUAUAAUAAUAUUAGCACAAUUUAAUUUAUUAAACAUAUUGGAUUUAUGUCUUCUAAGUCUACAAUAUUUUCGUUCGAUGCGCCAAAUUACUAUUACUAUUACUUUUCACUGCAACAUAAAUUUUUUAUAUUAUCAUCAGA